CGUAGUGCGCACACCAUCCCCAACCUCAAGUGGAGUGGAAAAGAGAUCACUUGAUUUCUGGCUCUGCUCGCUUUCUCACUGUUUUAAUUCGCUCUCUAUCCAAACUCAGAAAAAUACUCACCCUUUAUCUCUCUAUCUCAAUUCAGAACACCUGAAUUUUUUGAAUGAAACCCAAUCACUGAUAAGAUUAUGGAUCCUCCAUUGAUAAAUGAGACCUCCUUCUCUGCAGCUAAUCCAUCUUCCUACACUUUGACCGAAAUUUGGCCUUGUCCUGCAAUUAAUGGACAGGCGGUUGGUGUUGGUGGGUUGGGUCUCCGAAUGGGGAAUUUGACUGGGGCAUUUGGGGAGCGGGAUGGGUCAGUGGAGGAAUCCACCGUGACGGAGCAAAGCGUUGGUGGGAGCGGUGGGAAUGGAAGGAAGAGGAGGGAUUUGAGCUUAGAAGACGAUUCAUCUAAGAUGGUUUCUACUUCCAGCAGUGGCAACGAAUUGAACGAUUCAAAUGGUAAGCGGAUUAAAAUAUCAGGAUCCAGGAAUGAGAGCAGUAAUUCGAAGGCUGAAGUAGCACCAACUUCUGUUGCCAAUAAGAAGAAGUCUGAGCAAAGCAGCAAACUAUCUGUGCCCCCUAAUCAAGACUAUAUUCAUGUGAGAGCAAGAAGGGGUCAAGCGACUGAUAGUCACAGUCUAGCAGAAAGAGCAAGGAGAGAAAAGAUAAGUGAAAGGAUGAAGAUGCUCCAAGAUUUGGUUCCUGGGUGUAAUAAGGUAAUUGGUAAAGCACUUGUUCUUGAUGAGAUAAUUAAUUACAUCCAAUCACUACAGCACCAAGUUGAGUUCCUGUCUAUGAAGCUAGAAGCAGUUAAUUCAAGAAUGAACGUGAACCCUGCACUAGAAGGCUUCCAUCCAAAAGAUGUUGGUGCACAGCCAUUUGAUGCUGCUGGAAUGAUCUUUGGCUCCCAGACAGCGAGGGAUUAUGCUCAAGCAUCACAAUCAGAAUGGCUGCAUAUGCAGAUUGGCGGAAACUUUGAAAGAACAUAAUCAAACUACAAGAACUGUUCUUCUGUUUCUUUACUUGGAGGGAAAUUCAUUAUAGCUUCCGCAUCUGGUGCAUAAAUGUGUUGCUCAUAUGUAUGAUUGCUGUUGAAAUUGUAAUUCAAUAUCGGUUGUAGAAAAUGCAUCAAUCUUGAACAAAAUGUCCUAAGGAUAAGAUUGUAAGAUGUUGAACUGAAGAUGUUUAAAAAUUGAAUGGAUAAAUUCAGUGUGUUAUGAAAGAUAAA